AAGUCAUGACGUCACCCAAUGCCCCGCUGCUGCCCGUCCCAACUCCCAAGUCAUGGUGGUAUAAAUGGGGACUGCUCAUCUGAACAAUAGAGCUAUUCUCAGUUGACAACAGCAUCCUUUCGGCGACUGUCGAGACGGAAGAGAUCAAGUAUCUUUGGAAAUGGAGCUAGGACCAAGAUGUCCACGUGUACGCCAGGGUGCGAAGAACGCUGCACUGUUUCAACUUGUCACAGGAUUGCUGCUGCUGGUAGUGCUAGGAUUCGUGCAAGGUGACUUCGCUCCAUCACAGGCGUGUGACCCAGCGUUGUCGUCAUACGCUGAUAUCCAGUCAUGGCGCCAAGACAAACAGCCUGUGUCAACCCAUGGUGUAUAUCGACUGUUUGCGCUACGCCAUACUUAUCUUCCUGAACUGUUCGCUUACGAGACAGUGUCACCAAAUUCACCCCACAAUCCAGAUUGUGUCAGUGACCUACCAGAAUGCACCUAUGGACUUAAGCAGCUGCAAAUAACUCAAAAGCCAUUGCAGAUGUUGAUGAACUUAGACGGCACAGCAUCACAGAGUUGGUGUGCACAGCUAGUGGAUUAUGGUCGUGGUGUAUACGGACCAUACUCUGCUGACACUUUUGAGUCCAUGGACUUGGGAACUACCAAUGUUUUCAUCCUGAGGCGGCCAUUUGGUGACAUCCCGGUGUUCUGGUACAAAAUAAGAAAGAUCACAAGACCAGAAGCGGUUGCCACUAUCAAUGCUUGGAAGACCUCUACCAUCAAAGGUCUUGAUGUGACUGCAACCAUAAAAGGAUACAGUUCUGUCAAACUUUAUUCUGAGAGACUCCUCGAGUGUGCGAGAUUUACAGUUACAGUAUCCCGGGGUAAACAGGUUCCCGUCAAGGAUAGAGUGAUACGUCUAUUUAAAAACCAAGCUCUCAUUUCCAAUGGUGACCAGUCGGUUAAGCUGUAUCUGUUCAGGAAUGCUACAUCGCAGCAAGAUGUGGCCUAUGUGUGUUUCCUUUACCCGGAGGAAAGCCGUACAUCUGGCACCUAUCACUUAACAGUGAACUAUCUCAAUCAGCAUACCACUUACUCUCACGUGGAGCAAACAGUGCUCCACUCGUUCAAUGUUACUGUCACGCAAGAACAGCGUCCACCAAUAGGUAAGAAGGGUAGGCAUGCUUCAUAA